GACACGAGUCGUUGUUUACAUCGAUCAGCUGUUUGAGUCAGUGUCACUAGUCACUGGAGACGAGGAGCACUAUGUACACCGCUGGCACACUGUAAUACAGUACAAAAGCAGAAUGAACUUUGUAUGUUUUAUGGCAAUGUAAUUCAGCAGAACCAACUUUGAUCUGAUAUUGAAUUGUAAAGUUUGUUACCUUAAGAUAGCAGAUUAUAAACUACAGUACAUUCCAACCAUGGGGGAUCUUGAGCAUUUUGAAGACAUGCUGCUACGAAGUGCCCGUAAUGGAGACAUAAACAUUGUGAAAGAAAUUUUGAAAGCAAAACAAGAUGGAAAAAUUAACAUGGACAUUAGUUGUAAAGGGAAAACUAAAAGUAACCAAGGAUGGACUCCAUUACACUUGGCAAGUUACUUUGGUCAUGGUGGUGUUGUGGAAGUUCUCCUACAGCACGGCGCAGCAAUAGACGAGCUUAAUGAUGCUGGGGACACACCCCUGCAUAAAGCUGCACUAACAAACAGAGAGGAUGUAGUACUUCUACUGUUGGAGCAUGGAGCCAGUGUGUCCAUCAUUAAUGGCGAAGGCUUGCGUCCCUCGGAUCUCCCACGGGAUCCACAGGUAACAAAGCUAAUAGUUGCUGCGGAGAAGACUGAACAACGAAGAAAAGAGGAGAGACUUCUACAUCAUGCACGAGAAGGAAAAGCUGAGGAAGUGACGAAUUUGCUACGAGAAACAGGGGCUCCAAAUGUAAACUGUGUGGACUCGUUGGGCAAUACUAGUCUACAUUGUGCUGCGUACCGGGGACACAUAGAUGUUGCUGUUGUGCUUUUACAAAAUGGCUGUGAUCCCUCUAUCAGAAAUCUAAAUAGUCAAACUGCUUAUGAAUUGGCUCAGACACAGCAAAUGCAGCAAGUCCUUAAAGUACAACCAGUACGUAGUUUUCACCAUAGUGUAUCCAGAUUUGAAGGGCCACUUCUCCGACAAAUGCGCAUUUUAGGCUGGAGGAUGGUUUGGGGUGUUUUGGAUCGUGGGGUCUUGACAUUUUUUAACAGCCGUGCAGAUGCCAGUUCAGGUGUACGAAGACGGGACUACAAAUACUUGGACAACAGCAAAGUUAUACCCAUGGUGGGAGGUGAUGGGGCAAUGUUUGUUAUCCAGUAUAAUGAUGGAGCCUGCCACCGGUUAGCAGCCACUCCUGAUCCAUUACAUCCAGCAUCCAUUAAUAGACAGAAAUGGGUAGCUGUAUUGAACAACCACAUUAGAUUUUCAACUCACUAUGUUCAACAUGGUCUUUGUGUAGAUGAUGACGACGAUGAUUUUAUGGACAGGACUGUUAAACCUCUUGGCUGUAUGUCUGAUGCACUGCAAACGGCUACAGCUCACCAACAGUUGAUGGAACAACAAGUAGAAGAAGUGAUGGCUACUUUGGCUUCCCUUGAUCUAGACCAUUCACAACAAGGGGAAGUACAUGAUGUCAUUAAGAGAUUCUCGGUGUUAGCAGGAACAGCACGCAACAUGAGCACCAGCCUCACACACUGCCUGUCUCUCAUGAAGCAGCAAGAGGAGGUUAGAGAUCUUCAACUGAAAGAGGAACGUGAGAAGGUUCGUGUCUUAGAAGAGUCUCUGAGAGUGCUAGCCACAGAACAUCAUGACCUAGAGGAGUCUAUUGCCUCGCAUGUAUCUUCCAAUGGCUCGUCUAUCUACAACACUCCAGCAAACACCUAUGUAUCGCUGCCCAGGCCUCGGAGGUUCUUUGAUGCAGUCAGCGAUGAUGAGUUCUUUGAUGCAUUUUCACAAGAUGACAAUGGAAGCGAUGGGACCUUGGUGAGUCUCCCAUCACCAUGUGGGAGCGAGUGUUCCACUAACACACUUGUAUCAUGCAUGUCUUCCCUUCCUACUGAUCCACAGUCUCCCCAAACAUCGUCCCACAUUCUUUCUAAUCUACCAUGUGCACCCACAAGUACCCCAGUAUGUGGUGUGAGUUCUGCCAGUGGAAAUGUCGAUGGAUCAACGUACACAGUGUCGAGACAUGUUUUUGGAUCAGGUUGGGAAAUUUUAGAAGAAAAAGAUGCAUAUAGAAUUGUACGAAGUGGUGCACUAGUUGAAUCUACACCAUCUGUUUCUGGAACACAAGCAAGUUCUCUUGAACAAACUUUGUCAAGUACUCAAAAUGAACUGGUGAAUGCUGUCUCUGGGAAGCUGACAGGAACUGCUUCCAUAACUGUGUCCUCAGGAAUAAGAAAUAUAUCUUCAACAGAAGUUAACACGCUUUGCUCUCGCAACAGCCAGUCUCGAGGCUCUCGUGACCCUUCAUUCAUGGCAGUGGAGACCCCACUGGUCAAGACAUCUGAUUUAAGCGAUCAUAGUGAGGGCAGUGAUGAUACAGUUACCAGCAACUCUCGUCGAUGCUCUGAAUUAGAAGAAAAGUAAGUACAGUAUUUCUAAAUAAUUUUGUCUUAUCCUUUUUACCAUUACUGUAUUGCAUUUAUUAAUAUAUGAAGUAUGACUUUGGAAAUAGUAAUUUUUGUUAAUGUUUAAUUUGUUAUGCUUCUCAGUGCAUAUGAGUAGACCAUUUUAAAUUGUUCAUAUGUUACAAUAUAAAAGGACAUGAACCAUGCUGUAUAUAUAUGCAGUAGUGACUGUGUUUACAUUAGGUUUUCAUGUUAUUUGUAGACUGAGUAAUUUCCCAUCCCUUUGCUUGAAUACACUGUAUGUGUUUUAAAUAUAAUUCUGCAUAAUGCAGUAUGACUAGGUGUUUGACACUGUCACCCGCAAGUAUUGGUUGGAUUGCUAAAGCAAUAAAUGAUGUUUGCAUGGCUGGACUGCAUGAGGGGUUAAGAUACAACUUUGCUGUUAGCCAUACUGAUAUGCCUGUAUGAUGCUAAAGCUAACAUUUCGACUGCUGUCUUCCCAUUUCAUUGACAUAGAUUUGCUAGUUUAAAGCCUUGACAUGACAGACUGUAUAGCUCUGUUGAAACUUGAUUAAUAUUUCAUAUAAUUAAACAGCAUGAAGAUUGUGAUCAGUUUUAAAUUGAAGAUCACAACAGCAAAGAUGGGUAUUUAAAUUAAAAAACAAAAAUUACAUAGAAUGUUUUAUCUUGUUUUUGUUGAGCAGAUGGUUUUCCCAAGUUAUCAGGGCACCAAACUGAAAGGUCUAAUAUUAAAUGAAUCUCAGCCAUAUAAGUGUUAUUGAGGUACAGUAUAUGGUUCUUUCUAAGAUGGUAAAUCUUUUCUCAAUCUUGGAAACUGAUACAUACCUAAAAUCUUUAGAAUUUAUGCUGAACUAAACGCUGAUUAAUGUGUUAAUUACAGCAGAUACUUAGAAAAUGUUUUAUUGAAAUAAAGAAAUUUGACAUUAGUUAAAUGACCUUGUUUGUAAAUACUGUAGUUACAAGCUUGGAGUUGAAAUUUGUAUUUGACACGUAUAUUUUAUUUUUAGGCCAGUUUCCUUACCUUUAAUACAUGUAACCCUUGCUCUGUGCAGCACAGUAUUGUACAGUGCAGUACAAUAAUGUAAUACAGGUAUAUUAUUGUAUAAUAAUGUAAUACAGUACAUUAUUGUACAACAGUUUUGUUCUUAAGAGGUUUGAUGGUAUGCAAGUAAUCAUUGUUACACUAAGUUCUGAAGUGUUGGUGAAUUAUGUCUUUAUGAAUGUUUAGUCUACUUGUGAGCAGCUCAAGAUGGCUAUUUCUUGGGGCCCCUGCAGUCACUGUUUGAACCUUGAAAUUCCUGACAUGCUGACAAGUUCUACUCACUUCUGAAGUUCAUUUUCAUAUUAUACCAUCUACCAAAUGUCCUAAAAUUCAUGCACAAGAAAUGAAGAAAUGCACAUCGACCACCAAAUAGUCAAGCGAGGCAUGUUGCAUGUUACACAAGGUCAGGAAAGGUAUUCUUUGUUUUCACAUAGAUAAACUUAGUUUUUCUUCUAUUUGUAUAUACAGUAAUAUUUAUGUAUGUAUGUAUAUGUAGGUUUUUUAAAUACAUUACUGGAUAGGUCCAGAGUUUAAAUAUUGAAACUGAAGAUAUGAAGCUGAAGAUUAGCCACUGUCCAAUGGUUUUUUGUAAUUAAAAUAGAAAAGGCAAUUAAAAAUAAUUUGUAUUGUUAUUUGCAAGUAGCAAACAAUUAUUUUAUUUUUUAUUUUAAAUGCAUUACAGUACUAUAUUUAGAUUUUUAUCUUUACCAUUAUGAAUUGAAGCCGUCAAAGCACUGAAGUUAAUCAUUUGUGUAGUCCGCCGAAUCGGUUAUGAAUGCCAUCAUUAUCUAUUAAAGUACACUUUUCAUAUG